CCUGAUGCAGUAUGAACUGCACGACCUAAGUCACAUAUAUAAUAAUUAUAAUUACUAGUCUUUUUGGAGAUGCCACUUGAUUAUAUAUAUCAAACAAUUUGACUGUUCUAAUCUGGCAUGCAGCUCCCCUCGACACUAGUGUUAUAUAUUUUGUUUAUAAGAAGGGGUGUUGAAGCCCUGAGAGGGAACCCUAAUCCAAGAAGCGCGUGUAGGUCGCCCUAUUACUUGUUAAUCUGUGUCUGAAGAAGCAAGUUAUAAGGCGAAGAGCACUCUAGCUAGGUUUAGGGUUUUGAUAUAGUUCAGUUGAUCAUAUUGCAUGACGGUGGCGAUGGAUGAGAGAAGAAGUAGUGCUGCUGUGGAUGAGGUGGAGACGAAGGGGUCGUCGUCGGACGAGGUGAUUCUGCCGGGGUUUAGGUUCCACCCAACCGACGAGGAGCUCGUGAGCUUCUACUUGAAGAGGAAGGUGCAGCAGAAGCCUCUCUCCAUCGAGCUCAUCAGGCAGCUCGACAUCUACAAGUAUGAUCCAUGGGAUCUUCCAAAGCUUGCAACAACCGGAGAGAAAGAAUGGUACUUCUACUGCCCGAGAGAUAGAAAGUACAGGAACAGCACAAGGCCAAACAGAGUGACCGGGGCUGGAUUUUGGAAGGCCACAGGCACAGAUAGACCCAUCUACUCCUCUGACCAAAACAAGUGCAUCGGCCUCAAGAAGUCCCUCGUCUUCUACAGAGGUCGGGCCGCCAAAGGCGUCAAGACUGACUGGAUGAUGCAUGAGUUCAGACUCCCAGCUACUUCCUCUCUAGUCUCUCUUCAUCACCAAUUAAUUAAGCUUAAUUUAAAUUUGCAGGAUUCAUGGGCCAUCUGUAGGAUCUUCAAGAAGACCAACUCGGUGGCGCAGAGAGCUGUCUCCCACUCCAACUGGGUCUCCUCUGAAACAAUGACGACGACUCCGCCGGACUUCCACCGCCUCCUACCCCUUCCAAACUCCACCCACGGCCAUCACCACGCUGUCGUCCCCUUCGUCUCCGACCACAUCAUGACCCAGCCUCCAACACCCUCACACUUGAUCAGUUGCACCAACGUCCACAAUGCCAUGAUCAAUCCUCAUCACCUCCCUCCGUUAGACAACUCGCCCAGCUUCAAGCCAUGCCCCAGCAGUACAAGCUUCUCCUUCUUCUCUCCGCUCAUCGACAACAUGCAGGUCAACGUGCAGCCUCCGGUUGCUGCUGCUGCUGCUGCUAAAUGCACGGCCAUGGAUGUGACCUCGAUGCUGCUCGACUUGGGCAACAGCGUAGACUUUGGGCUGCAGAACAACAAUAGUGAUCAGUAUCAUCUGCAGCCAUUGGAGGCUUCCAGUAGCGGGCUCAGCUUCGCCUUGCCUCCAAUGUUUAACAGCGAGGAGUGGAAGCCAUUAAGCUUGCCUUGCAGUAACAAUAACAACAGAAGCAGUAAUGGCUCUUCAGCUUAUAUUUAG